GCCCGGGCUUCACUUGCUGUCUGUCACUGGGACCGGGAGUGCUGCGGGAAAGCAACGGCCGAGGACAGGGCUCUGCGCUCGGGCUACCCAAUGCUGGGACUAUCUGCAGCCGCUGUUCGUGCAAUAUGCUGGAGCUCCAGAACAGCUAAACGGAGUCGCCACACCGCUGCCUGGGCUGGAUCGCAGCGCUGCCUUUCCUUAUGAAGAAGACACAAACUUGGAUUAUCACUUGCAUUUAUCUUCAACUGCUCCUGUUUAAUCCUCUCGUCAAAACUAAGGAGAUCUGCGGGAAUCCUGUGACUGAUAAUGUAAAAGACAUCACGAAAUUGGUGGCAAAUCUUCCAAAUGACUAUAUGAUAGCCCUCAACUAUGUCACCGGGAUGGAUGUUUUGCCUAGUCAUUGUUGGUUACGAAAUAUGGUAGUACAAUUGUCACUCAGCUUGACUGACCUUCUGGACAAGUUCUCAAACAUUUCUGAAGGCUUGAGUAAUUACUCCAUCAUAGACAAGCUCGUGAAGAUAGUGGAUGACCUCGUGGAAUGUAUGGAAGAAAACGCACCCAAGAAUGUAAAAGAAUCACCGAAAGAAGCCAGGCUCUUUACUCCUGAAGAGUUCUUCAGUAUUUUCAAUAGAUCCAUUGAUGCCUUCAAGGACUUUAUGGUGGCAUCCGACAAUAAUGAUUGUGUGCUUUCAUCAACAUUAGGUCCUGAGAAAGAUUCCAGGGUCAGUGUCACAAAACCAUUUAUGUUACCCCCUGUUGCAGCCAGCUCCCUUAGGAAUGACAGCAGUAGCAGUAAUAGAAAAGCUGCAAAGACCCCUGAAGACCCGGGCCUCCAAUGGACAGCCAUGGCAUUGCCGGCUCUCAUUUCUCUUGUAAUUGGCUUUGCUUUUGGAACCUUAUACUGGAAGAAGAAACAGUCGAGUCUUACAAGGGCAGUUGAAAAUAUACAGAUUAAUGAAGAAGAUAACGAGAUAAGUAUGUUGCAACAGAAGGAGAGAGAAUUUCAAGAAGUGUAAUUGUGGAUGUAUCAACAUUGUUACCUUCGCACAGUGGCUGGUGACAGUUCAUGUUUGCUUCAUAAAUGAAGCAGCUUUAAACAAAACGCCUAUCUGUCUUGAGUGACAGCUCUCAUCUGUAUCUGUUCUUGCUCCCCAUGACUUUGCAUGGAUGAUUCCGAAGUUGGAGCCGAGUGUUUUGCGUUGAAACUGGCAUUGAGUUGAUCAUCUAUAAAGAAGAAUUUACAUGGAGCAGGACUCUGGAGGUUUUGCAAGUGAUGAUGGGGAAGGGAACAUGUGUCUGAUCCAUUUGUGCCAUUUGCAAGGCUUGAGAGAUGUCUUAAGUGCUGACAAAACCCACACAGCUUUGUUCUUCAGUUACAAUCUGCAGUCUGUAAUUAAUUCUGGUCUCUGCAAGUAGAUCUCAGCCUGGAUAGUGGGGGCGAGGGGCAUAUUUUUUUUUUUCUACAACGGGAUGUAGAAAACAGUUUUUAAAACAAUAACUCCUUAGCAUCAGCCACUGUAUGGAGGUGAAAGCCAUGGGGAGUAUUUUUUUUUUUUUUUUUUUUUUGAGCAGGUGUAUCUGCUCUGUAGUUGUGAUUAGCAAGAGGAGCCUAAGCUUCUUCGGCAUUUCCUGACAUAAACCAUGUGCACCAUAUCCCACCAGGAAAAUAGGCAUGGUUGACUGGUUCUAUCCAGGCAGCAGAGCCAGUGCUGAACUGAAAUCUGAUGCCAUGGUAUACGGAAGACUCUCCAGGACAGUCAUCACAGCAGAAAACUGUAGACAUGGACCAGCAGAAGAACAUGCCAAGGAAGACAUUUGGCCCCUGGUGAAGCCGGUCUUCUCACUUGACCACCUCUCUAGAGUGUGUAAAUCAUGUUUGCAAAAAUAUAAUGUGACAUGUUUAUGUUUGGAAACUACUACAGAGAUAUGAAAACAGACUUGGGAGAAAAUGCUGAAUGUGUAAUAAGUCCCAUUGUUUAAAAAAAUUAAUCAUGGGCGAAAAUAAAUGGUGGUAUGUAGUACCUAAGGUUAGAAAUGUACACUUUAUGCUAGUGUGGGUGUUGCAAACUAAGAAACUGGGUUUGUCCAAGAAUACGAGGACUCAGAAAACAUUAGUUAUUUACAGUGUAACCGUAUCUCUUUAAAGUAUCCAUUUAUUUAAAAUCAGACUCUAUAUUCAUUAAGGUUUAUGAAGCAAAAUAAAAAGGGAGCUUUAUGUAGUUAUGCAUGUCAGUUUGCUAUUUAAAAUGUGUGACAGCAUUUCUCAUAUUGGACAGAAAUUGGCAGUAAUUCCACAAUGAACAUUGUGCUUUUAAAACCAGAACUUGCAAGAUAUAUUGUGGAUUCCCCUGGUCC